AUGAAGAUGAAGCGUGGCGCGAUAGACUCGUUCUUCAAGCCGUCAACACCGAAGAAACUGAAAUAUGAAGCAAACACAAACACUUCGAACCAUCCUUCUUACCCUCACGUGAUACCGCAUCUCCCGACAGAUUUCCAGGACCAACUAGCCUUUGCCCCCGCCGAAGAAGGGAAACCCAUCAACGACCGCCUCCAUCUCGAUCUCGUCUACUACCAGCCAUACAUCCCCCCGUCCAUAGCUCCAGGCGUCUUCGACUUCCUCCGCCAAGAGCUCCCCUUCUACCGCGUGCAGUAUAACAUCAAGCGUGGCCCUGUCGAAACGCAGAUCAACACGCCACGGUACACCACCGUUUUUGGCGUAGACGAAACGUCCCGCUUCAACGAAGCCGGAGACAUUGUGGACCCAAAGUCGGGAAAGAAGGUGGAGAUGGGCAAGUACAAGUGCAGGCCACGCCCUCUGCCGCAGUGCCUCGAUUACCUGCGCAAACUCACCGAGGGGACGACAAACGAGACGUACAACUUCUGCCUCGUGAACUACUACGCCGAUGGAAAAGACUCGAUAUCGUACCAUUCGGACGACGAGCGCUUCCUAGGGCCGGAUCCCGCGAUUGCGUCGUUCUCGCUGGGCGCGAAACGGGACUUCUUGAUGAAGCACAAGCCGAUUGCACCGGGGCCUGAGGCGGUGCCUGAGCCGAAGCAGGUUAAGCUGCUGCUGGGUUCGGGAGAUAUGGUGUUGAUGAGGGGGAAGACGCAGGGAAUGUGGUUGCAUAGUAUACCCAAGAGGGCGGGUGACGAGGCAAAGAAGGGGAGGAUCAAUAUUACGUUUCGGAAGGCGCUGGUGAAGGCGGGGACGGAGAAUUACUACCAGUACAAUGUAGGAACUGGAGGUGUGUUUCGGUGGAGUGCCAAGGAGAACAUGAUGCUGCCGUGGGUGGAGGGUGCUCGAACUGAAGCUGAGAAAGUUGUGGCUUCAGAUGCUACAGAGACGGACAGGGCGACACUGAAGGACGAGGAGAUCGGUGAUGUGAAGGCUGCUGUUGAGGCAUGA